AUGCCCAAGAUGUCCCGGCAGCUGUUUUCUUUUGCGGUGCUGUUGCUCCUUUUUUUCCUGAUGUGCUGCGGCGCUGGUGUGGCCGAGGACGCCAAGAAGCGUAAGCCAACGCCAUCAAAGGAGAUGGAGAUAUUUGUCCCACAGAAGACUGAAGUAACCUUGAAGAGCGGUGACAGCAGGAAGACGAAGGUCGCGUCGUUCAACGUUCCUGCUGCCGUUGGUGUGGCGGAGGAUAUGCUUGUCGUUUUUGCCGAAGCUCAGUACACUCACUUUACAGAUACGGACGUUGAUAUUAUUGCAGCCUACGGUGCGUCUUCGAGUGAUGCCUGGAAGACCCAACUGGCCGUUGAAAUGGACAAAUCAAGCAAUUUUUCUUCUUUUGCGGUAAGUCCUACAGCAGUUGCGAGGAAUGAUAAAAUAUAUCUUCUCGUAAAGUCAGAGAAGUUGGCGAAAGGUGACAGUGACUUGGCUGAUGGUGCCGACACGUGGGACAUUAAGCUGGCCGUGGGUGAUGUGACGGGUACAGGUGAGGGUGCAACAAUUAACUGGCAAGUACCCACAUCGCUGAAGUCAGCUUUUGAUGCAGUGAUGAAGAAGAACGAGUGGAAUACACUGUCUGGGGGCGGAGGCGCAGGGAUUGUGGCGAAGGGCGGCAUACUUAUGCUUCCGGUGACGGCCGAAAAGGAGAAUACAUUUUUCUCCACCAUUGCCCACUCAACUGAUGGGGAAAAAUGGGUGGUUUCGAGUGGGGCAACGACAAAGGGCUGUACAGACCCCGCCAUCGUGGAGUGGGAGGAUGGCAAAGUUCUCAUGAGCACUCCCUGCAAUGAUGGAGUGCGCAGGGUGACGAGUCGAGCGACAUGGGGGAGACAUGGACGGAGGCGCUCGGGACACUCUCACGCGUGUGGGGCAACUCACCCAAUCGCAAGGACCCCGGCAAGCAGGGUGGAUUUGUUACUGCGGAGAUUGAUGGGAGUAAAGUGA